ACAGUAAACGUAAACAAACUUGACUACUGUGAUUGCAACUAUUGGCUGGCGAUUAGUAACACUUGAAAGAUAUGAGAAAGAGACAGAAGUAAACGAACCCGCGCUAUAUUUGCAUAUUGGCGUUACACAACAAAUCCUAAACAACUUGAUUAAAUUGCUUUAUUGCGGAUAAAUUGAAUAACAUUUGCCGAUCGCUAAGAAUCUUACUCUUUCUACGGGAGUUUCCAAAACUGUAUAUAACUUGUAUACAACACUAAGUAUGAAUCAUAACGUCAGUAAUUCACUAACUAUAAUCACAAGUUGUGAUAGUUGAUCAUCUGUCUGGUACCGCUACCACAAUAUAGUACUACAUCUGCUCUCUGGUAUUACAUAUUACAUAGUACACAAUAACAAGAAAGUAUCUCCAAGUGAAAUCAGUGAUUUUAAAUGUCUCAGAAAUGAUUAAGUUUUGAAAAAUAGUUCAAAUGUAAAAAUUUAAAAAAUUGUAACAGUUUCUGAUCUCCUACAUGGAUCUUCUACAUUUAAUCACAGCAACAAUUGCUACAAUUAACUCAACAAUAGCUAUGUGGCUCAUAAAUGCAACAGAAACAUGAUGUACAAUAACAUAGUCAUCUAGGCAAUCAUAACAGAUAUUGUUCAUACUUUACUGGAGUCAAAAUGAAAUUCUAUUUAGAAAUAUGAAAUGUAUAUUUGUUUUUAUUAAUCUCAUUGUGGCUUCAUACUACAUAUAUGUAAAAUACGUACAUAGAACAUAUCUGCAUGGACGACCAUAUAUACAUAUACAUUUUUUUCGAACAUGAUAUGUAAACAACAUGAAACGUAAAUUUUUUGAUAAUUAAUCGCGUUUUGAAAUGUACACACUUUUACAUGGGUUGUACAAGUAUCUUGUGCAAAAAGAUGAAUAUUUUAUAUUAAUAUUAGGUCUCGAUAAUGCAGGGAAAACGACAUAUUUAGAGGCGGCGAAAACAAAAUUUACAAAGAAUUACAAAGGUAUGAAUCCUUGCAAAAUUACAACAACCGUUGGUUUAAAUAUUGGAAAAAUUGAUAUAGCUGGUGUUCGUUUUAACUUCUGGGAUCUUGGUGGACAAGAGGAACUUCGAUCACUGUGGGAUAAGUAUUAUGCAGAAUCACAUGCUGUUAUUUACAUAGUUGAUUCAUCAGAUCGAGAAAAGAUACCUGAAUCUAAAGAAACUUUUGAUAGAGUCAUAUCGUCAGAACACUUAAUAGGUGUACCACUUUUAGUCCUAGCUAAUAAGCAGGAUGUGCCUGAUUGUAUGGGUGUUAGAGAAGUAAAACCAAUUUUUAAUCAAAAUGCACACCUAAUAGGUAGAAGAGAUUGUAUGGUGAUGCCUGUUUCUGCUUUGAACGGGGAUGGCAUAGAUGAAGGAAUUCACUGGCUCGUGGAUUGUGUCAAGAGAAACAAUGACGUUCGGCCCCCUCGUAAUCAGAAUGACAAUUGUCUGUCCUAACAAGACAUUCCUGAUUUGUUUCAUAUAAGUUAAUAUAUGAACAGUAUUUUAAUGUAAAAACUCUGUACAUUUACAUUACAAACUACAUUUUUACUAAUAAACUUUGUUUUUUAAUCUGUA